GGGAAGUAACUUAUCUUUGACCAAUGCAGCUGCUGCGGCAACACACCACUUUGUUUCUGUCUCACUUGUGGGGAGAACACAAAGCUCUUGUAGGGGCACAGUCUCGCUUAAAAGAUUGGCUCCUAAAAGGCCCGAGAUGGGCUUUGGGGAGGACUUGCGCUGCCCUCGGGCUCACGUGGCUGUGCUGAGGCUGCUGGACUCCGAGCUUCACAUGAUGGAGGUCAUGAAAAAGUGGAUGGGCCAGAGGGUGAAGAGUGAGAGGGAGUUUGCAGUUCAGCUGCACCACAUGGCCCUCAUGGUGGACAAGCAGGAGCGGCCUCAGCCCGGAGCUGGAAAGGACCACAUCAGCCAGAUCAACAAGUCCUGGGGGGCUCUGGUGUCUCAGACAGACCUGCUGAGCCAGCUGAUGAGGAGGUGUUCUGAAGAGCUGCUGAGCGGACCCGUCAGCAAACUGACGGUGCUCAUCCGAGACAAACAGCAGCUCCGCAAAUCCUACGCGGAGCACUGGAGUCUCCUGAGGCAGGAGCUCAGCAAGGUGACCGAGACAGAUCUGGAGAAGCUGAAAAGCAGCUACAGGCAGGCGGUGAGAGACGCAGCUCAGGCAAAGAGGAAGUUCCAGGAAGCCAGUAAAGAUAAGGAGCGUGACAGGGAAAAAGAGCGUUGCGUCAAGGCCACAAUGAAACUCCACGAGGUGCACAAUGACUAUGUGCUGUCUGUUCGUGCCGCUCAAGUGUACCAGCGGCAGCACCACACGCACAUCCAGCCUGCCAUGCUCGACGCCCUGCAGGCUCUGCAGCAAGAGAUGGUGAUAAUCAUAAAGGAGAUCCUGCAGGAGUAUUUUGACAUUUCCUCCUUCCUUCAUCAAGAAGUGGUUCACAUCCACCGGGAGAUGUCCACCGCUAUUGCAUCCAUCGAUCCUCUCACAGAGUACGAGAGCUUCAUCCAAGAGAACAGGUCUGUGGGGGACAUUCCUGUUAGUGCAGAAUUCGAUUGCAGUCUUUUAGAGAACACAGAGAACUUAGAGCCUCAAGAAGUCCAGCUCAAUGACUUAACACUGGAAACCGUCCAGCACAAGCUGACUGCAGUCGAGAAGGAGCUGCUGGACUUGACCCGGUCUCUGACCUUCCAGCAGGUUUCUGUAGAACAGCUGGAGCUGGAGUUGAUGGCGGAUGGAGGAGCGGUCAGGAAGGGCCAGAGGAUCUACCAGCUGAGCAAGCGGCAUGCUCUGGAGGAGUGUCGGCAGCAGGUAGCUGUGUCUCAAGGCAGGAGGGCCAAACUGGAGGUCCAGAGGUUGAUUCUGAAGACAAAGUUGGAGCAGCUGGGCUCCCGAGAACCUCGUCCUGCGCUGCAGCUGGACAAAGACUCGCUUUCACUUUCGUCCAACGCAAGCAACGAAGACAACCAGUCACUACUCAAGCUACUCAGGAACGGCAUCAUGAAGAAUUUGUCUCGAGCCAGAAGUGAUCUACAGGAGGUGGAUCGUCCUCUGGCGCAGCAAGACUGGUACCACGGAGUUGUUCCCAGGAUGGAGGUUCAACAGCUGCUGCAGUGCGAUGGAGAUUUCCUGGUGAGAAAGAGUCAAGAAAAACAGGGUUUUGUGCUCUCUGUCCACUGGGACGGCUCCUGCAAGCAUUUCCUCAUUCAGAACACAAACAAUGAGUACCGCCUGGAUGGGGAGAGCUUCUGCAGCAUCCCGCAGCUGAUCCAUCAUAUGCUCUCCUCCCGACAGCACAUCACCCGCAAGUGUAAUAUACAGCUGAGGAAACCUGUGCUCAAGGACAAAUGGGUCCUGGAACACGAUGGCGUUAUAUUAGGAAGCCUCAUCGGGCGGGGUAAUUUUGGGGAGGUGUACAGUGGGACUCUGUGCAGUGAUAACACCCCUGUGGCAGUGAAGGCUUGUAAGGAGAACCUGGCACCAGAACACAGGAAUAAGUUCCUGAUGGAGGCCCGGAUCCUGAAACAGUACGAUCAUCCCAACAUUGUCAAACUGAUUGGCAUCUGCACUCAGAAACAGCCCAUCUACAUCAUAAUGGAGCUGGUUAAAGGUGGAGAUUUCCUCUCCUUCUUGCGUCAGGACGGUCCGAGUCUGACCCCUAAGAUGUUGGUCAGAAUGACAGAAAAUGUUGCAGCCGGCAUGGAGUACCUAGAGACAAGGAAGUGCAUUCACAGAGAUUUGGCAGCAAGAAACUGUCUGGUGGCGGAGCAGCACAUCGUCAAGAUCAGCGAUUUUGGGAUGUCGCGGCAGCAGGACGAUGGAGUCUACUCAGCGGAGGGCGGCCUCAGACAGGUUCCCAUCAAAUGGACAGCUCCCGAAGCGCUCAACUACGGUCGUUAUACCACAGAGAGUGACGUGUGGAGCUUUGGUGUGCUGCUGUGGGAGGUCUUCUCCAUGGGAAUGAUCCCUUACACCAGCAUGAGCAACCAACAGGUCAGAGAAGAAAUAGAGAAAGGCUAUCGUAUGCCGGCUCCCAGGGACUGCCCACUGGAAGUGUCCACGCUUAUGAGCAGCUGCUGGCAGCAUGAAGCUCAAAAUAGACCAUCUUUUCAAAAACUGAGGGUGGAUCUAAUUGACAUCUGGAAGAAUAAGACAUAAUACAAACCCAUUAUUUGCCUGUGUGCCUGAAUAAAAAAUAUAUUGAUAAGAAAAAUAACAGUAUCAGCCCUGACACCACAUCUAAGAAAUAAUGCUAAACAAAACUAAAUAGUACUUUAAAACAUCAUGAACAUUUUCUAAUACACUUAAAAUAUAGAACCACUGGAUCAGAUGAUGACAGUAUUUUUUUCUUUCUUUCUUUGACUAAAAUAACCCUCUCACAAAAGGCAACCAAGAAUAAAAUAGAAAAAUAAAACUAGUUAAAAGUGUACACUAAACUUGCAGUUAAAAACAACAACAACAAAAUGUACUAAAAAUGUGACUGUGUAACCAACUCGCCACCAAUUAAAUUUUUA